UUUCAAUGUAGUAUGAAUUCCCGCUUCUUCUUUGGUUGGUUUACGGCUCUGUGGCUUUCGCGCUUUCGUCUCAGAAUGAAUCGAACGUCGGGCUGCGGUGGAAACAUCGGAGAUCGGAAUGCGGAUUCUUCGGCCAUUUCCGGUUCUCUAUGUUCCUUCUUUUACCUUCUUGUUUUUACUACAAUCGCAGUGUUUCGGUUGAUGGCGAAAUUAGAACGAUGGCCUUGCUAAGGGUAAACCCUAAUUUCUUCAGAUUUUUAUAAGGCACGAAUGCCUUACGAUAUUGGUGAUUUUGUUGGAAGGUAUGAAGGUGAUCGAUUUCGAUCACUGGUAGCUUUUUUCAGCUGAACCGACCUCGAUGAUUUUUCCAUGUAGCAAUUGGAUUUUAUUUUAGAAUCACUUCUUUCCUCAAUCCCCCUGCUAGUCGAAAAGUGUUGAUCAAACAUAGGAGGCAAGAAGAGAUUAAUCUUUUCAAUCAGCAACUCCCUUCGUUAUUGGAGUUAGACUGUUUGUUGAAAUAACUGAUAUUAUGGUUUGCCAAAGUUGAGUAGGAUGGUUCUAUUACAUUCCGUGGGAGAUAAUUUUCAAUUAUUCUUGUUUGGAUUAAACGUAUUUGAUGUGUUUUUCCACCAUGCCAUGCAUCUUGUUUCUUCUAGAUUCAGACCUAUUAGAAAUAUCCCAGUUGAACUAACGAGCGGAAAAAUCCAUUUGGGAUUUUCUUUAAUUUGUACAGGUGGUGGAGUCUGCAUGAUGAGUACUUCCUGGAAACAGGAGCAGCACCCAUCUUUCAUCGACUUCAUUUCAUCAUUCCUCCAUUCAAAUUCAUAUCGGCUUAACUUUCUUCAGAUAGCCCCUGAUUUUAUAUUCAACAACGGAGGAACAUCUGUUGCUUUCAUAUUCAUUACAAAUUGGGAUUGUGAUGAUUCCUCUUCUGUCUUUAGCAGGGUUACGACUCUGAAAAGACAGUUCAGGCAUCUUUAUGUUGUUGUUUCUGUACCGACUAAGGAGCAAAAUGAUUCUUUUAACGGCUCAUACUUCAAGCAUGCCAUGGAGAUUGGUAACCCGACGUUUGUGCCAGUUAGUGAUCCAGAGAUGGGUUUUGAGAAGAUUGUAAAGAUUGCUCAUGCUCGUGGUGUAUGUAAGCGACAAGAUGUCAUAUCCAUGAUGAAGCUUGAACGUAAGCGAUCAGUUGAGCAAACGGAAUGCUUACUGAGAGUCAUCACCUCCAUACCUGGAAUAGAUAACCAUGAUGCAAAUGCGCUUGCAGGUGCCAUAGGUUCUAUUGAGACAAUUUCUAAAGCUUCCAAGGCAUCUAUUUUGGAAAAUACUGACCUUUCUGUGGAUAAAGCUGAAAGAAUUUAUAGAUUUUUUAGAGAUCCAAACUAUUAUCUCGGUCCAAAAAUCAAUUAGCUGCAAAGUUACGAGCUUCAUUCAUGUACAGAUCUGCAGUUAAUUCCAUUUAGAAACACUAUCAUUUGAUUUUUUUUUUUUUCAGCUUCUAGUGAUGCACUUUGAGGGAAAAUAUAUGGGUUGAUUGCAAGAUUUAUUCUACAUGUUGAUGUUCUUCAGUUUGCCACUGAUGAUUUCGAGUGAAGUAAUUCUAUUUGUAUGUUAGUAUCAGUUUCUACCAAGUUCAACAUGCAUGAUUCAAUUGAAUCCAUAGU